AUGUUGGAGCUGGCCAUGGUCAAUUUACCCAAGAUAUGGGAUGAUGAACUUCCACUCCAAAACCAGAAGAUUUUGACGGUGAGAUGUUAUCAUCGUUUAGUAAGUUUAUUCUCAUCCUCAGAGGCUAGAGCUCUAGUCAAACUGCAACAUCUUGAGAUUUCAGCUUGCGAUGAGUUGGUGGAAAUAUUUGUCGAACAAGAAAAGGUCACAUUCCCAAACCUGGAGAAACUGUUCAUCAGAGGCAUGAAUGGUGAUGCACUGAAUGAAAUUGUUGCUUCAAAGGAGUCAAAACCUGAAAUUGGGAAUAAAGGUGAUGCUCUAGGAGAUCUAGUUUUUAUGAAGUUAGAGGAAUUGAACUUGGAAGACUUACCAAAGCUUACAAGCUUUUGCAAGACAUGUUACAACUUCAAGUUUCCAGCACUUGAAACAGUACAAGUACGACAUGGAUAUGAACUGCGGGAGGAACUAGACUGUUGGGAUGGUGACCUUAAUACCACACUGGGAAGCGUUGGUAAAGAAAGCAAUGAGUCAGGAACACGUGUCUUUGUUUAUGUUUUUUCCCUGCUUCUCAUCUUAGAGGGAAAGAAGGAUAUAGCCAAAACAAAAACAGUUCCAAAAGCAAAAGUAAAAGAAGGCAUUAAGCUUUGCAAUCAGUGCACAAAGCAAAGCGCAUAG